AUGCGGGGCAUGGGGUUCGGAAUUCCCAGCUGGGUGUCACGACUGAUCCUAAAGCUGAUUUGGCUUGUUGGUGCAUUCAAAAUCACACUUGGAGCGGCAGGGAGGCAGGCUGGAAGCAGGCUGAGGCUUGGCUAUUGGGGGCCGUCAGCAGAACGGCUUGGCUCAAGACUCAGCUGUACAUCGAUGGACUCCUGUUGGUUGUCGAGUGAAUCGGAGAGAAACAGCAGGACCAGAUCUAGUAGCCUAUUGUUCCACUUUUGUCUGGGACUCCUCGCCGUCUCCCGACGUCUUUCACUUCCACUUUCUUUCUCCCCACCGAACAAGCUCAGACGUGGAAUCGCCUUUACAGUCUGGUCGACACGUCGAACCGUCCCCUCGAAGCUCUUCGCAAUUGGCAACACGUGUACGAUGCUAAAAACAAUAUUCGGCAUUAUCCUUAUCCCGUUGACCUUCGGGGUCUCAGGGCACGAGAACUGGAACCAAUGCUACUACCACGAGAACGCGGUCGCUCCUCCAGAACUGCUACCAUGUCAAAACGAGACAGACGUGGGCCCAAACGACUACACUUGGUGCUGCUUUGCGGGUCAUGAGUGUUUGGACCAUAACAGCUGUUGGGACCCGAAAACAACUAACACAUACCAAUAUGGCUGCAACGACGAAACGUAUUCUCAUUCAAGCUGCCCGCACAAGGGCGAUCUAGAUAGAGGUAAGCUGGGUGCAGUCACACUCCAUUGGGCUUGA